UUUUUUCGUCUUCUCCCCUUCCUCGGAGCCCCCUCAGCUGGCUUCGCUUGUCGCUUCAUUCUUCUCUGGGCCCGAAGCGGGGUCUCGGGCGCCGCCAGCUGAGCCCCUGAACGCGAAUAGCAUGUCCAGCCGUGCCGCGCCUCAGGAGACGGCGGCGGUGGCGGCGGGGGGGACCGCGGCAGCCGCGCCACAAGAGCGGGGCCUGACAGGCGCCUUCCCCUUGGUGCUGAAGAAGCUGAUGGAAAAUCCGCCGCGGGACGCGCGCCUCGAUAAAGAGAAGAAGGAAAAACUUGAGGAAGAUGAAGCAGCUGCAGCUAGUACAAUGGCAGUCUCUGCCUCUCUUAUGCCUCCCAUCUGGGACAAAACUAUUCCUUAUGAUGGGGAGUCUUUCCAUUUGGAAUACAUGGAUCUGGAUGAGUUCCUCUUGGAGAAUGGAAUCCCUUCCAGUCCUACUCACUUGGAUCUGAACCAGAAUCCACUCCUGCCUGUGGCUGAGCUGGAAGGAAAAGAAUCUGCCAGUGCUUCUGCCACUCCGCCCCCAUCAUCUUCCACAGUGGUUUUUCAACCAUCAGAAACUACCACAAGUGCAGAAUCCUCACCAGAUAAUGAGCGACUGACCCCCAGCCCUAUUGAUCCAGACUGUGUUGAGAUUGAUGUGAAUUUCAAUCCUGACCCUGCUGAUUUAGUGCUGUCCAGCGUGCCUGGAGGUGAACUCUUCAACCCUAGAAAGCACAAGUUUGCUGAUGAGGACCUGAAACCACAGCCAAUGAUUAAAAAAGCUAAGAAAGUCUUUGUCCCUGAAGAGCAAAAGGACGAAAAGUAUUGGACAAGGCGGAAGAAGAAUAAUGUGGCAGCCAAGCGAUCUCGUGAUGCUCGGCGCCUGAAAGAGAACCAGAUCACAAUCCGAGCUGCCUUUCUGGAGAAGGAGAAUACAGCCUUGAGGACUGAAGUGGCAGAGCUGCGGAAGGAAAUGGGAAAAUGCAAGAACAUUGUCUCUAAAUAUGAGAGCAGAUAUGGACCCUUUGACUUAUCCGAUUCUGAGUGAUGCAACUUUAAAGACUCUUAAAAUCACAAAGAAACUAAAAACUACACAUGAAACCACCUACCGUCAGAGUGAAGAGUGAAAGAUGUGAGGUAUUCUACACAAACAACUGAUGACCCCGCUUCCCUGCAAGUACCUCAUCUGAACUACCCAAGGGCUGAGCAUGAUGAAAAGGCUAAGGUCUCUAAUGCUACACUUCUCUUUGUACUGCUGUUUUCCCUUGUUACCACAGUCUGCAGUACAGUUAUUAACUCUUUUUGACUACACUUGGUGCUCUUGUCCUUGAGUUCAGAUUGAAUAAGUAGUGGCUAUAUAAGGUGAUACUUAGAUGGAAGAAAGGGGCAUGUCUUAACUGAAAAUGGCUUAAACUAUAAAUCUUCAAGAAUUAUGUGCUUGUUUUUUUCUCAUCUAUUCUUUAGAAUGGAUGUCAAUGCUGCAAUUAAAUCCUGUUACGCAAUUGUUUCUUGUACUAUUGGAACAGAAAUAGUAUAAGUGGAAAACAUACUAAAACGAAACCGGGAUGCUUUAGGGUGGAUUCCUGCAUUGAGCAGAGGGUUGGACUCGAUGGCCUUGUAGGCCCCGCCCAACUCUGCUUUUCUAUGAUUCUAUGAUUCUAUGUUUUGGUGCACAAUAUACAACCAAUAUAUUGACUGAAAUUGAAGUAAUGGGAAUAGCCAGCACCCCAAGAUGCACUAUAUCUUAUCAAAGUUUAGUAAAUAUGAUGCACCUUAUUUUCCCAGCUGAUAAAAGCUGACACUAGGUUUCUGAAAUUAGCACUUUCUCUUAAGCUCACUGACCUCUGAUUAUACUAAGACUGGCAUGCUGAUGCAUUUUCGCAGUCUUUGCUUUAUAAUAACACUAAUAUAUUUCUGUUUUCUUAUUUUCAUAAAAUAUUUUAACUGGGUAAUGAUGAGUGAGGAUGAUAAUAAAAGGGCAGGUUAUAAAAGAAUAAUAAUGAGGCUACCAUUCAUUUUGCCCUUUUGCUGUCACCUACUUCUUAGGUGGUGGGAAAUGUGAGCUCUUGAUUUCUAACUUCCUUUUCCUCAUUGAAACAAAUUGCAUCAAAUUCUCUGGAGUCUUGCAUCAAGGUGGGGGUAGCCUUCUGGUUUCCUCAUCUGCAUAAAUAUUCUGAUUUUCACUUCUUCCUCCUGUUCCUGUACAGUAUUAGAAGCAAAAAAAAAAAAAAAUUCUUAAGAAUUUUUAAAUUUAACUGAGUGCCUAAAGUAGUAUGAGUGUUGGAUUCAUAAACCUUCUGAAAUGUCAGAAAGAGCACAAUGGAAAAUCCGUCAUGUCUCUGCGGUAGAAGAAACUAUUGAUAGGCCAUGUAGGUAGCGAGGUAGGAUGUUGAAAAGAGGGAUUUCAGUUGUGUUGAAAUCCCACCCUAAGAAUGAUCUCAAUUCAAUUUUUAACUUAUCAGAAUAAUAUAUUUGUUGAUAUAUUUACUACUAAUAAGCACAGCCUGUUAAUCAGAUAUAUUUGAAAAGCCUUUAGAGGUUAAGUGCCUCACUGUUCAGUGGUGUGUUUGAGGAAUAGGAGAGCAAUUUGGAGAACAGACUCCCCAACAGACCAUUUUUCCAGAUGUUUGGCCAAAUAGUUCCCCAAAUUGGGUAAAAUUCACACUAGCUUGUUAUAGGAGCCUUAUGGCUGGAUUAGCAGCUUUGCAUUUGUUGAUUGGGUUGGCAUAGUGGCAACUGUCUUAAAAGUGUUCUACUUUCUGCUUCAGAAGCUGUAAUUGACAGACAGCUCUCAAUAAAACCAUGCUGGUAGAUUACAUUUUGGAAAAUACUGAUGAGCCUGCUGUUUUCAAAGUGCAAUCCCAACAAAAUUAAGAGCAGAUUUAAGAACAGUUUUUAAUUGUUCCUAAUUAACAAACCAGUAUGCAUAUUGUUUAAAACUUCUUGACUGUGGACUGUUAAACUCUCUAAAGUCUUAGAGGCAAUUAUUAUAAAGAUUAAAUAUGAUAGAUGAAAAGAAUCAACAUACUAGAGUUCUAGUCCUAAUCUAAAGACUCUGUGGCAUAUUCUUGCAAAUUACAGCUUUCCAAUACUUACAUUUACUACAUUACAAAUGACUCUACAUGUUUCCCCAGCCAUACACUUUUCUGAAGGUUUUACAGUUGAAAAACAUAAUAAAAUGCAAUCUAUCUUUGAUUUUUACACAUUGCUGUAUAAGCAGAAAUACUAAAAUACUUCUGCUGUUUUGUGUACCUUUAUGUCAUUGGAAAAUCUGUAGUAGUGGUGAUGUGAUUUAUGGCCUGCACAUAUAAAACCUUCAGCAUCAUAUUGCACUAUGUUUUAAGAAGUGCUAUAAAAUAAUAAAAAUGGCAUGUAAAUAGCCAUGUGUUAUCUGCAUAAAUUAGUCACUUUGAAGACUUACACCUAUGUUAUACUUAGCUACAAAAUGGUGCAAAGGUUAUGUGUGUGAGUAUCUCUCUGCCUCGGUGUAGAAAGAUGGCAACACUCUCUGAACAGAAUAGUUCUAAUGCUUAAUUCUUCUCAGCCACAAGCAAGGAACACAUGAAAGUAAGUCAUGUUUCUUUCUUAGGCUGCAAUCCUAGACCCACUUACUUGGAAGUAAGUCCCAUUGAACUCUCUGGGGCUUAGUUCUGAAUAGACAUGUAUAGGAUUGCAAUGUUAUUCCUUAAAAUUCGUAAUUUCUUUGUAAGAGGUGGUUAUAAAUCAUGAGUCUAAUUAGGCCUGCCACUUUUUUUCUUUUUGCAACUCUUCGACUUGGUACCCAGUUUAUGGUGAUAACAGUAGAGAAGAACAGUCUUAAUUUGCAUUAAUGUUUAAAAGUAUUUGUCCAAAGAAAUAGUGCAGGAUUCAGGCAGUAAGUGUGCAAGCUCUGCUACAUACUACCUAUUUCAUUAUAUAAUGGAAUGACCUUUAAUAGAAAACUGGAGUGCAAUAUGUAUUAUUACUGAGCUUGGUAGGAUGAGUUGAUGGGCAAGAGUUAACUCUGUAUGGAUUACUCAGUUAUUACCCAUAUGCCACUGAAUAGCCCUAGGAUAAUCACUUCUAAAUUUAUUCUAAAUAUUAGGGAGAAGCAAAUAAAUUUCUGCAUAACAGUGAAUUUGUUAUGGUAGUCAUCACUUAUUAAAUUAGAGAAUAAUAUAUCCAUUUUAACUUCAUUUAUACAUUAAACUAUUCGUAUUUAAAAAUAAUAAUUUAGGAGCUAAUUCUCUUGUUCAUAAAUAUUUUUUGACGUGUAUAGGCUUAGCAUAGGCAUUUAACCUCUGUUUAGUUAUUGAAUAUUCAUGUGAGGUUUCUCCUUGCAGCUAGAACAAUGGGUUAGGUUUAAGGGACAAUUUUUGUGAUCUCUGUGCAAGUUUCAUGUGAAAUUUUUGAUGGAGUUUUCCCUUUAUCAUUACUUUUGUAACAUUCAUUUAAGAAGUAAUGGAGACAUUUACUUAGUGCUGUAGAUACUGAAGCCUUUAUAAGCUUUGAUAUUAAAACCUGUGAUAAUAAUCUUGGUUGCUGUUUUGCAUAAUUGUUAAAAUUCCCAAUGUCUUUGUGGGUAUGGAUGUGUUGUUGUUUUUUAAAAAAAUAUCAUUGGAUUUCUCCAUGUCCUUAUUGUGCUGUACUUCCUAGAAUAACCAAGUAUUCUAGAUGUAAAAGUUGCUUAUGGUACUACCUAGUGGACAGUUCUGUUCUGUCAAGUGUCAAGGUAACCAGAUGCAGUGGAAGAGAACCAGCAGUUGAAGCUUAUUGGAAUACAAUAGAAGUGUUAGAAUAAAUAUACUUUGAAUAGCCAGAAGUACCAGAAGCUGCACAGUACCUGUUUCGUUUGUUUGUUUACAAAUAUCCCAAACAUCUUUGGACCACAAGCUCAUCGUUAGUUAAAUUACUCUUUUUUCCCCAAAGAGGUUGAGUGUAUUUUUAAAAACAAAAUGUUAUGCUGUGGGUUAUUCAUCCACAAAAGGUAGCUAUACAAAACUGAAUUUGUUAUAUCAUAUUUCUACAGUGACAAAAAUCUUAGAAAUAUGUACUGUACCAAGGAAGAGGAGACACAUUAUCUAUCUUGUUCUGUAGGCAACCUCACUUCCUGCAGAAACAUGUAGGCCAAGUUUACUUGUCUUCUGUAACUCUUCUGCUAAAGAGCCACUUCAUGUAUCUUUUAGGUGUAUAACCACUUUUUAAUUGCAUAUGUAAACAUGUGUAAAGUGUGAAUGUGAUAAAUAUGUGUUUUCAAACACAUGUGUCCCAUAAGUACACUUAAAAUAUAUUGCUUUUAUGUGGAGCUUCCAAUGGUCUCCCAUUUAUUAAAGGAUUAGCCAGGUCUACACCUGUUCAACUUCAGCAAUGCUGCAACCACAGGUACCUUCAAACCAUUUAUUGACUGUAUUCAGAUAUAACACUAAACUGUGGUUUACAAGAAUGAGCCUAGCCUCCCCCAAACUCUCACACUCUCCUAUGUGGCAGUGAAGAGUUCAGAAGCUUCUACUUCUGUUUUAUAUUAACUACAAUUUAGAGUGUCUCUGAACCCUAAAUGUAGUAAUAAAUAAAACCCCUAACCUGUUAUAAUCUUAAUUAUAGUUGGUGAAAACAAGCCAACGUCAUAAACGAUGGCUUGAAGGUGGCCAUUAAUUGUAGUUAAGGCUAACCACAGUUUGUCCAGGUUCAGCUGACACAGCAAGCUGUAGUUAAUAAAAAUCCAACCAAAACCUUUUGAGAUCUUUCUGGCAGUUACAACAAAGAAGGAGUGGGGAACACACAAGACUAGGGUGAGGGAGGCUAAGCUCAUUCUCAUAAUGUUAAACCCUGCUUUGUCUUUAUAUCUGAUGCAUAUCACUAUGUCCCAUCAAGUAAUGUGUAAAAUAGCCCUUAUGUUAUGCUCAAAAUUCUGUUUAUUGUUAUUGUCUUUCAUAAAUAUGACAAAUAUAGUAUAUCUGUAGUCCUUUAUAUCAAAUGUAUACCUAAAUCCUUUUGGGCACAAUCCUAUCAGGAUGACAGUAAGCCACCGAACUCUGAGACUUAUAAUCAUCCAAUGCAGAGCCAAAGGAGUAGCAGAGGUGAUCUUAGCCUCUGUGCUCCUCCCACUCUCCAUUUUGGCUAGACGGGUUUUUGCCCAUCUAGCUGAAAGGCAUGGAGCAGGAGAGAAUGAGAAUGUGUCAUUAGACGGCCUCCCCAGUCCUCUCCCCACCAACCAGCAUGCCCCCUUACCCUCUUCUCUGAGGUUGCCAGUGUGGGAGGGAGUGGGGAGCUGGGAUUCCUGGCUCAGAGGUUGGAGUGCUGUCUCCAACCUCAGAUCCAAGAAUCCAAACUAUCCUAUAGCACACACACA